AUGCACAUCGUAAGAAAAGAAGAGCUCCCAUCAACGCAGGAGUACUGCAUAAACAAUUACAAAGAGAUGAGCAUUCCCACUGCUGUCAUUGCUUCUGCUCAGACAAAGGGGAAAGGAAGAGCAAAUACGAAUUGGAUCUCAUCAGACGGCUCCCUCACUUUUUCUGUUCUUCUCUCCAUGAAAAACCACCUCGUUAACACGCCCAUUAUUACAUCAAAUAUUAUUCGAAAAAUACUGGCAUCGUACGGUGUGUGCGAUGUGCUGAUUAAAUGGCCCAAUGAUGUAUACAUGAUGAAGGGCGGAGCAGAGUACAAAGUAGCAGGAGUGCUCUCCAACAUGAUAGGAAAGUCAGAUGCAACCAUAGAAACAAGCGAGUACAUCAGCAUACUCGGAGUGGGAAUUAACCUAAAUAUCCCGAAAAAAACAGGAAUGAGCGGCUACAAAAGCGUUGAAGAACUGUCAGGCAUACAGAUAGAUAAAAAUGAGAUGUUUGACAGGCUGCUGGAGGAGAUAGAAAGAGUAUUCAUGCAGGAGAGUGCACAGAACAAGGAGUACUCUAAUUGGAGCAACUAUUUUCCAUACAACUACAUAAUGUACAACGAUAAGCCAUGUUUUAUUCUGAGGAUAGAAGACAGCCUGACCAUACAGGAAGAGAGCGGAAAUACUCUCUGUCUAUCUGCGGAUGAGUACUCCUACAACAGACAGGAGAAUAGAGUGCAUAGGAAAGCCUGCAUAUAG